AUGCCGGCAGAUGUGCCGUCUCCGGCGUUAGACACAUCGUUCUCCCAUUUUUGCCCUGAGCUGGCUAAUCUUGAGAUUGUUACAGUCAACCAAGAGGUUCAGUCAGCCAGGACGUUGGAGCGGCUGCAAAGACUGCAGGACUCUCUUGCUGCACCUCCUUUUUCGGCUGUAUCUAUACCUUCAUCCAACCGCCCAUUCCUUAUUAUUCUGUAUGUCGGUCUCCACAACCAGUGCUCUAUCUACACAUACCUCGUCCCGACGCCCACAGAAGUGGUUCUCUGUAUUGUGCUUUAG